CCACCCGGCCACCGGGCGCAGCCGUACCGGUCGGUCGCACGAUGCGACGGGGAAAAUAACUAAUCGCGGCUCUUCGAAUACAGCGGAGGAAAUCGACACCGUUUGCGCAUCCUUUACGUGAACGACGUCUCCCUCUCUUCGGUGCGCGAGCAGUGGCCGCAUUCGACGUGUAUUCCGCUGGGCUGUGCUGCGCGUGUCGAGGACCAGUCAAUUUUCGGUAGGUUGAAGUCACGUCCGGCUAAGAAGGACCAGUCAAUUUUCGUUCAUAAAGAAUGUCUGCCAAGGCGAUCAAUGAGGCUACGGGCAAGCGGCUUCUCAAUGAGCACCUGGCACCGGGUGCGGCUGCUUCCUGCGAGUUCGCCGUCGUGAAUCCCGAUACCCGCUGGGACACCCUGUGCAACAGCCAUCCAUGGCUGGCCACACAGAAGCUUGUGGUGAAGCCCGAUCAGCUGAUCAAGCGUCGGGGCAAGCUGGGUCUGAUCCAUGUCAAUGGCGACCUGAAGAGCGUGCAGGACUGGGUUCAGCAGCGCAUGGACAAGGAGGUCGAGGUUGGACGAGCUAAAGGAAAACUACGUCACUUCAUCAUUGAACCCUUCUGCAAGCACUCCCAGGGUGAAGAGGCGUAUGUGUGCAUCUAUUCUCAUCGUAAUGGUGACACCAUCCUGUUCCACCACGAGGGAGGUGUUGACAUUGGUGACGUGGACUCCAAGGCCCUUCGACUGGAGGUUCCCAUUGACCACAAGCCAAGUGCCGAAGAAGUGACCAAAACACUGCUCACCAAGCUGCCACAAGACAAGCAAAGUCUGGUGGCUACAUUCAUCUGCUCAUUGUAUGACGUGUAUGUGGACCUGUACUUCACUUAUCUCGAGAUCAACCCUUUGGUGGUGACUGGCGGCCAGGUGUACAUCCUCGACUUGGCAGCCAAGCUGGAUGCCACGGCAGAGUUCGUGUGCAAGCAAAAGUGGGGCGACGUCACCUUCCCUCCACCCUUUGGUCGAGAUGCCACCACAGAGGAGGCCUACAUUGCAGAGUUGGAUUCUAAGAGUGGUGCGUCUCUCAAGCUUACGGUGCUGAAUGCGAAAGGACGCAUCUGGACCAUGGUUGCUGGAGGAGGUGCCUCAGUCAUCUACAGUGACACAGUGUGUGACCUGGGCGGAGCAAGUGAGCUUGCCAACUAUGGCGAGUACUCUGGUGCACCGACCGAGCAGCAGACGUACGAGUAUGCCAAGGUCAUCCUGGGCCUCAUGACCCACUCGGAGAAGCACCCAGACGGCAAGGUGCUCAUCAUUGGGGGUGGCAUAGCCAACUUCACCAAUGUGGCGGCCACCUUUAAGGGCAUCGUGAAGGCCCUGCAGGAGUUUAGGGAGCGCCUGGUGGAGCACAGAGUGUCGGUGUUUGUGCGUCGGGCGGGCCCCAACUACCAGGAAGGGCUGCGCGUCAUGAAGGAAGUCGGCCGCACCCUGGGCGUGCCAGUGCACGUCUUUGGCCCCGAGACCCACAUGACGGCCAUCGUGGCCAUGGCCAUGGGACGACGCGAGGUGCCCGACAUGCCCGAGCCGAACGUCACCACUGCAAACUUUCUGCUGCCCGGUGGCAUGAAGACCCCUCCUCCUCCGUCGAGCCCCAAGAAAGAGAUGAGGCGGCCCGUGUUUCCAGACCAUGCGGGCGAGCAGCCAGGACCCCAGCAGCCGUGGUUCACCCCCCGCACUAAGGCCAUCAUCUGGGGCAUGCAGACACGUGCGGUGCAGAGCAUGCUGGACUUUGACUUUGUGUGCUCGCGCCCCGAGGGCUCGGUGGUGGCCAUGGUGUACCCGUUCACGGGCGACCACAAGCAGAAGUUUUACUGGGGCCACAAGGAGGUGCUGCUGCCAGUGUACAAAAAUAUGGCGGACGCCAUGAAGCGCCACCCGGACGCUGAUGUGCUCAUCAACUUUGCCUCUCUGCGGUCGGCCUAUGAGAGCACCUUCGAAACACUUCAGUACCCACAGAUCCGCACCAUUGCCAUCAUUGCCGAGGGCAUCCCAGAAAACAUGACGCGUAAAAUGAUCAAGGCUGCGCACAGCAAGGGUGUCAACAUCAUCGGCCCGGCUACUGUUGGGGGCAUCAAGCCUGGCUGCUUCAAGAUUGGCAACACUGGUGGCAUGAUGGACAACAUUCUGGCCUCCAAGUUAUAUCGACCUGGAAGUGUGGCAUAUGUGUCCCGAUCAGGUGGCAUGUCUAACGAGCUGAACAACAUAAUCUCUCGUGCCACCAACGGUGUGUACGAAGGGGUGGCCAUCGGUGGUGACCGGUACCCCGGCACUACAUUCAUGGACCACCUGGUACGCUACCAGGCUGACCCCCAGGUCAAGAUGCUUGUGCUGCUCGGAGAGGUUGGAGGUGUCGAGGAGUACGAAGUGUGUGAGGCCCUGCAGUCGGGUCGGCUGAACAAGCCCCUGGUGGCCUGGUGCAUUGGCACCUGCGCCUCCAUGUUCUCCUCUGAGGUGCAGUUUGGCCACGCCGGUGCGUGUGCCAACUCAAGCCGUGAGACGGCCUCUGCCAAAAACGAGGCCCUGGCAAAGGCGGGUGCCCACGUGCCGCCCACGUUCGAUGCCCUCGGCGACACCAUCAAGAGUGUGUAUGAUGACUUGGUGGGAGCUGGUGUGAUUGUGCCCUUGCCCGAGGUUCCACCCCCGACAGUGCCCAUGGACUACAACUGGGCCAGGGAGUUGGGCCUGAUACGCAAGCCGGCUUCAUUCAUGACGAGCAUUUGCGACGAGAGGGGCCAGGAGCUGCUCUACGCUGGCAUCCCCAUCACGACAGUCAUCGAGAAGGAGUUGGGCAUCGGGGGUGUGCUGAGCCUGCUGUGGUUCCAGCGCCGCCUGCCCCAGUACGCCUGCAAGUUUCUCGAGAUGGUUCUCAUGGUGACAGCCGACCACGGACCGGCUGUCUCGGGGGCCCACAACACUAUAGUGUGUGCCCGUGCGGGCAAGGAUCUCAUCUCGUCCCUCGUCUCUGGUCUUCUCACGAUCGGUGACCGGUUUGGAGGUGCCCUGGACGCAGCUGCACGCCAGUUCAGCGAGGCAUACAACAGCCGCCAGAUUCCCAUGGAGUUUGUGAACAGCAUGCGCAAAAAGGGCAUCCUCAUCAUGGGCAUCGGGCACCGAGUCAAAUCGAUAAACAACCCUGACAUGCGAGUGAAGAUCCUGAAAGACUAUGUGAAGAAACACUUCCCUGCGACACCUGUGCUGGACUAUGCACUCGAGGUUGAGAAGAUCACCACUUCCAAGAAGCCAAACCUCAUCCUUAAUGUGGAUGGCCUAAUUGGAGUGGCAGUCGUUGACCUCCUGCGGAGCAGUGGCUGCUUCACGCCGGAGGAAGCUCAGGACUACAUUGAGAUGGGCGCCCUCAACGGACUCUUCGUGCUUGGCCGCACCAUUGGAUUCAUUGGACACUACCUGGACCAGAAGCGGCUGAGGCAGGGCCUGUACCGCCACCCGUGGGACGACAUCUCGUACGUGCUUCCCGAGACAGAAGGCUAUGACCAAAACUGAGGCAACGUUACAGAGCAGCGCGUUGGGCGCCCCAGCGGAUGCCUAUUUAUUUGCACUCCCAUCCUUUGGUGUUGUGCCUCCCCUCGCGGACUGUGCCACCACUGCCUCGGUUACAAGAACUGUUGUUGGUACUUUGCCAUUGGGACAACCCAUUGCGUGUUGUGCACUAGCCAUCGUGUCCUACUUGUGCCCGUACUUGCAAAUCAACCUCUGGUUUUUCCGCUCAUCCGGUCACAUGAGAGCAGGCAAGAAUUGGGAGUGGAAGAUCG